UUGUCGCUUGUGAUCCGAUCCCUGAGAAGAUAAAAAAGCAGUCCUUUGUAUAAGAGACGGUCAAAACCCCACCCCCAAUUCUUCUUCAUAAUUCUUGACCUCUUUGUAAUUGAACUCUUCAACCAUGGCGCUACAUGGAUCUAGCUUCUGCUACAAUGGAGAUGCUUCUAGUACCAGGGAAGUUCAUGGCUUGCCUUGUUCAUUUGUCAAUAGUUUUGCAAAACUUCAUUGUCUUUCAAAACCUUUCCUGAAGCAAUACGGUAUAGGUUUUGCUAAACCCUUUGGACAAGGAUGUAGGAACCGGGAUUUGCCUAAUUGUUGUCGCCUCAGUUUGCAAACCAGAAGAUCCAAAUUCUUUCAACAAGCUUCCAGCUUGGUCUCAUUGAGACCAUGCCAAGUGAAAAGAGAGGAUACGCAGGAUCCUUUAGGUGGUGAAAGCAUUAUAAUGGAUGAGCAAACCUUGGAGCAGGACCUACAGAUUGCCAUUGCCGAGGAAAACUAUGUUGAAGCAGCAAAAAUCAGGGAUAGCCUUAAAAAUCUCCAUGAGGAUAGCAAGACUUCAGUAUUGCUAGCAAAUGCUCGAUUUUACGACUCAUUCAGGACUGGGGAUUUAGCUGCUAUGCAAACCCUUUGGGCCAAAGGCAAUGAGGCCUGUGUUGUACACCCAGGUGCAAGUGGGAUAUCUGGUUAUGACGAUGUUAUGGAGAGCUGGGAGUUUGUAUGGGCAGACUAUGAGUUCCCCCUAGAGAUUCAACUGAAAGAUGUAAGGGUUCAUGUUAAGGGGGAUGUAGGCUACGUGACAUGCCGGGAAUUUGUUAAGACUGAAGGUACCAAAUGGGGGGUACAGUUUGCUACAAAUGUAUUUGAGAGGAUUGACGGUCAAUGGUUCAUCUGUAUUCACCAUGCUUCACCGAUUGAUUUGUGAAACCCAUCUCAAAUUAGCCUUAUGAUGCAAAACAAUUAUUCUGUCUUUCUUCUUUAUCCGCCUUGACAAACUGCCUCUAGCGAGUUUCUGAAGAAUUUUCACUUGGCCUGAGUUUUGUCA